AUGCCGGACACGAGGGCUAAGCCUGUCCCGGCAAGCGAGUUGUCAGCCUCAGAAGAAGAGACUCUACUCGAGGAGUACCUUCAGAGGCAACUGGAAGAUGAUGUUGCGAGAAUAUUUGAUGAGUCAAUAUAUUCGGAUCUUGAGGUGGCAUGUGGGAAAUUAAAAAUACUUACGCAUUCUUGUAUACUAAAAGCACGUACUAAUAAAUUUUAUCAAAAACUUGAAACUUUCUUGCAUGUCAAUAUUGGACGCGACAUAUUUGACGAAAUAUAUUCUUUUAUAAGUGAUGCAUACGUUGAAUGUAACAUAAAGAAUCAAGAAAAGGAAAUUAUUAAAUAUUUAAAUGAAAAAUUAAAACUAGAAAAAAUUGAUUCUACAAAGCCUAAAAAAAGGACCGACAUUGUUACUACUGAUGAACAAGAAGUUUUUUUGACACCUAAGUGUCUAAGUCCAUACACUGAUAAACAAUUUAAAAAUAGUUGUCUUAGCCCAAGCACAGAAUUGACGAGGGAGUACUAUGCCUUGGUACCAAUAGACGGAAAUUUACUUGAUCAAGAGCUUAAUGAACAAGAUGCUUUAUCGAAUGCAUUUCAAUCUAUUAUAAAUACUCAAGCUAAGGAGAUUAAUAAACCUCUGGUUACACCUCGGAUUAAACCUACUACUUUAUCCCUUACGUCUAGUCACACAUCAAAAAUAGUAAAACAUUCCAACAGUUGUGAUAAUUUAGUUAGUUGUCAUUACGAAGAUAUUUCCCUUCAAAACGAAAAAGUCAUAGAAAAGAAAAUCACUUCCUCUACUAGUCAUAAAUCUAAAGUAUUUCAAGGUUUUGAAUCUAGCAAAACUUACGAUAAUACUUAUAAGUCUUUAAGUAAAGGUGAAUCAGCCGUUGAUAAAAUAGUAGAUCCAACAUAUUCACCAGACAGCUUAAUUACUGAUGAUCCUAGUUCGUCAUCAGAUUACUUAUCUGCAGCAUAUAACUAUUCCCCAGGAAUAAGCUCUACUGUUUGUCUAUCUCAAUUAAAUGUUGCGGAUACCAUUACGAAAAUGGAUAACAUAUUCAUCUCGUCAGAUUCAGGAUUGGAGAACACUGGUUUAUUGGAGAGUCUAAGCAGCCAUAUAGAUAUCACAUUAACUGAUAUAUCCUUGACAGAAAGCACACUUCAUGAACUGACGGAUGAUUUAAAUCAACCACAAGAUAUUCCGACUAGUCCAACAGGAGAAAAUCAGUUUCAAAAAUGGAAAUACAUUUCGUCGCGUGGUGAUAAAGCUUCAUUAAGUGGUACGUCUACUGAUACUAAUAAUGGACAAAAAUGCACUUUAACGUCUAAAAUAAAAGACACAAUGGCUAGCAACUCAUCAAAGGAAGAAAAACAGCGACAAAAUGAGGAAAUUGUGAUUUUAGAAUCUUCUUCUGUGUCUUCUGAAACAGGGUCGUGGGAGUCGGUAUUUCCUCAAAAGUUGGCUGAAAAAGAAAUUUGUGAGAAAUUUAUCAAUGACGAAAGACAAUUUACUAACGAUCAUGAUGUUAUAAUUGCAAAAAAAUGUCCUACAAAUUUUACCGAAAAUUUAUCUCCUCGUUUAGUACAAAAAUGUCCUAUUAAAUUUAAAUCUACUUCUUGUUUCGUUGAUGCUGCAAGUUUAGUAGACGAAGAAGAUGAUACUCAAGGUCUACCAAAAUCCUAUAAUGUACAUGAAAAGCCAUCAGAAAAGAAGAUAUCUAAUACUGUACCUGCUCCAAGUCAGCCAUUGCCGUGUGCCACCGUUUAUAAACAGGAUAUUAGUCCAAAUGAUUGGUCAGAAAGCAAUGAAAUCGAUGAUUCUUUAGAACAAGGAGGUAAUAGGGAUUCAGAUUCGAUACAAAAAGAUUUGUCACCAACAAUUUUUGAAAUUACACGUACUGCAGAAGAAUCAUUAAGCGCGAUUGGUUUUCAAAAUUCUACACAUUUUGAAGCUUCUAUAAGAACAAGCACACCGGAAUCAGAUUCUACUACAAAUGUAUUCACGUCGGAGACACCACAUAAUUCCAUUUUAUCACUGGUAGACUCCACAACAAACAACAAAUUGUUUAAUUUAGAAGAAAGUGAAACUGAUAUGGCAACUAUGGAAAGAGAUUUAAAAAAGUGUCUAAAUGUAAAGUAUAAUGAAUCUUCCCCUAUAAUUUCAGGAGGAGCUUCAAUAGAAGACCAUUUGCCUCAAAACCGCAAAAUUUUAAAGUACUCAUCUAAAACAUUGGGCGGGACACUUACAAAAUUUGAUAUUUGUAAUAACAAAAAUACUACAAAAACUGGUGUCUCUGCUUGGGUAGUUGACAUGUCAGAUGUGAAGUCUGAUGAUCGAGGUUCUAAUGUGAAUAUCAGUAACAAUAAACCUGGAGACCGAACAUGUGAAACUUUAAAAAAUGAAUAUAAAUGUUCUAACUAUACUGAAAAUUUUAACAAAACUGGUUCGGUGGAUUCUGAUAGUAGUGAAAAAUCCAGUCAUAAAUUCUAUAUAGACCUAUCAAGUUUGCCUGACUCUCUACCAGUAGAGAAUAAUAGAGAUAACGACAUACUGUCUGAGAAAAAGAAUAUAUUUUCUAUGUACAUUGAUUUAACCAAUGAAACACAACAGCCCAAAAACCAGCCCAAUGAAACACAGCCCAAUGAAACACAGCCCAAUGAAACACAGCCCAAUGAAACACAGCCCAAUGAAACACAGCCCAAUGAAACACAGCUCAAUGAAACAAAGCCCAAUGAAAUACUGGAGCAAAGCGUAGAUAUUUUUGAAAAAUUAGAGUCAUUAUGCAAUGAUCCAAAUGUCAGUAUUUCCGAAAUAAUUGCUAUUCCCCAGAAACAGUGUAAAACUAAUGAUGUUGAAUCGAGUUUAACAAAGAAAAUUGAGCUUAUACGAGAUGUUAAUGGAGAUAAAAUACAUCACACACUUGCAACAACUGUAAUUGAAGAGGAACCAGUCAUUAAACAGUCUCCCGAUCUUUUUGUAAAAUUGUCUGACUUAGAUAAACCCGUUAAUAAAACGGACAUAAAAAUGUCCCUUUUAAAACAAAAUAAAGGUACCAAUAGAUUAGAUGUAAGAAUGACAAGAUCGAUUCCUGAAAAUAAUUGGAAAGAAAAUCAUGCAUCUACUUCGAGAUCUACGGAAAUAAUGAGCUCAUUUCAUUCAGAGAACGCGUUGAGUUUAAACAGGUUAUUUCCUAACUUGAAAAAUGAACUCAGUAAAAGUAUGCCUGGAUCUCUGUCUGGUAGAACACAGUUCCCAUUACGUCAAGAAGCUUCUUCAAGUCAUGGAGAACUAGACGAGCAAACAUCAGACAUGUCGGAACUAAGUAGUGUCCAAAGUAGUAUCUGUCGUUCGGUUAAUGACAGUUCUACUGAAGAUACAAGUCAGACAUCUAGUUUAAUAGCCAGCUGCCAAUCUCGUCUGGGUCAAGACUUGUUACGGAUGUUUUUAGAGGAAAUAGCGACUGAUGUAGUAGUUGAAGUUGCUGGGAAACGUAUAAAGGCGCACAAGUGCAUUUUGUCUUCAAGAUGUCAGUAUUUUGCGGCUAUGUUAAGCGGAGGUUGGGUGGAAAGUGCUGGAAAUGUUAUUCUUUUGCCACCAUUUUCCCAUAACGUAAUACAUUUUGCUUUAUGCCACAUAUAUUCUGGCGUAUCAGUGAUCCCUAAUUCAAUAAGCAUUGUGGAGCUCGCUACGCUUGCCGACAUGUUGUGCUUAGAAGGGCUCAAGGAAGUCAUCAUGCUCACGCUAAAGACUAAAUAUUGUCACAAUUUUCACAGGCCUUGUCAGGUAUGUACAGCGGGUGUUCUCGAAUGCUUCCCGCUGACGUCGGCGUACGGUCUGGACGAUUUGUAUCACAAAUGCUUAAGGUGGAUAACAAAAUAUUUCACUAAAGUAUGGCCUACCAAAGCUUUUGCUACGCUGCCCAAGGUGCUUUUGGAGAAAUGCUACCAGGAGCAAAUUACUAAUUUCAAUCCGGAGACAUUUAUUGAUAUAGUGUAUGGUUGCGGUAUAAUCGUCGCAUCAUUACAAAACAGUAGAUGGGCAGAAAACGUGGCGUAUCUUUGCAAGCGUUUAAUUAACGCAGCUGCUUACUUCGCCUCUAGGUGUCUUGUGGAAAUUUUUAAAGCGAUAUCGUCGAUGCCAGCCGAAGCCCCGCAGCCCGCAGUACACGCUCUCGACGAGUGCCUUGCUACCGCCAUCCAAUGGGCCCCUACAGAGGAAGCGUGCCGUGCCUAUGCCUUCCUUUCAGGACUAGUGAAAGAUAAGCACAACCAAUUCUCAAAGCCUGAUCUCAUUAACAACGACAAUGAAGAAUCCAAGGAUACAGGACAGAGUAACCUUCUUUACAGUCGUGGCAGUUGCUGGCAAUUGCAAUGUGAAGGCGUUUUAGUACGUGCCGCACCACGAGUUGUAGGUACACAAGCUUUUUAUGAUUUACCCUAUGAUCUACGGAAGAGAUUACGCGAACUAGGCUGCAUCACGUACGAUGCCCAAGCUAUUCCAGUCAAUCCUUCCCACCUCCAAGGCAGGAAAAAUAAAACACAUCAUCACAAUAAAAUGCCCAAAUUGAACAACCCUAGUACCUCUCGCAGCUUAGAUAUGGAACAUGUGCGCGCUUUGUUCGUUCCAUAUGCAUCAAAACCUGUUACUCAGGUCAGUCCACGAGAUAUUUUAAAGAGCAACAACGAGCUCAGGGACUUAAGGAAACCAGUGCGUACAAUCCCACCGAAGGUCAGAAUGACCAAAGCCCAAGAAGAACGCGCCAAAUACAAUCUGAUCAAAAAUAAGUCACAAGAGAGUAUCAACACGAAACCCCAAGGCGGACGACAGAAAGCAUUUCAAAAUACCAAACCUAGAUAUCUAGAGCCCCGGACAUGCAAAGACAACGAUAAGAAAAUAUCACACAAAACCCAUUUACACAAAAUGAUUUCGUCCAGUGAAUCGUCGAGGAAUGUGAGCCCAGUGGAAGGGAAUGUUAGGGCCAGCCGCGCUAAAACAAAGCAAGUCUGUGAAUCUAAAGCGCAAGCUAUGUCGCAAGACAGUUUAGCGACGUCAUCACGUCCAAGAACGGCGGAGCCUUCUACUGAUUCUCUUAGCGAGUCUCAAGCGAGUAAUAAAUAUGCAACAUACACCAAAAGAAGACAUAAAGAAAAUGCACGAUCCACUGAACCCAUUAAAAUCGCCAAAUGUCAAUCUGCUCAAACAGUUUUAAAUAACGCCGGGAAAACAAAGAUACCAGUGCUUGCGAGUCAAAUAUCAAAGUCGGAGAACCACGAUUCUCAAAGGCAAUACAAUUCUAACAGGAAAUUUACAAUAACCGAUUCAAUGCCGUCGACUUCGCACACAGAGACUACAAGAAAAGUGACCACAUCACUAAUGAACCCAACCAAAGCUAGUCAAGCAAAAAUGGUGCCGAAAAUUACGAAAGAAUGCAAAGGUGUGAGCUUGAAACAAUCCAAACAUGCGACGAAACACAUGAGCCGACAAACACAGGAACGCGUACCUGACUUACAGGUGAUUGAACGUUCCGAAACAUUCCUCAAGGAUGAACCAACAUUUGGCGAUAAAACUUCAAAUCCAGGCCAGUAA